UUUCGAGCUACGUGGGAAGUGUUUGUGACGCGGCUUUGAGUAUGUUAAAGUUGCUACUUUCGCCUCAUCGACAAUGCUGCUGGCAGGGAUUGGCACGAUCUUCUCCAUACAGCACCGAUAGUAAACAUGUACUGGUACGUAAAACGAUCCAAUCGUUCGGUCCCGGUCGGACCGCAUUUCUACAACCUUUCCGGAAUACUUCCCUGCGUGCAGUACGUCCUUCACACACGGUUACGAAAACAAGCUCGCAAGUUGGUGGUCGGCUGAUAAAGGUACUUCUUGGUGGGACGGCUAUAAGCUUCACAUUAGGUUAUCAGUACCGGAAGUUGUUUGUGCACUGCGAAGCUUCCGUAAAUCGGUUGGCCGGUCAGCGGAAUCUACUAGACAAUGGAACUGUGCAGUUCGAUUGGUGGAAGUUUUGGCGCUACCUGAAGCAUCAUUUAGGGAAGCUGAUUGGUGCAGUUUUGGCUGCACUCGCCGUAGCAUAUUUCAACAUUCAAAUACCAAACCUGCUCGGUGUGAUCGUGAACAAGCUGGCCCGAUACGCUGGCAGCAGCCUGAGAGAUAUUAAUACGGCGAGUUUCUUCCGAGACAUGCGAGGCCCGGCCCUGCAGCUGUUUGGAAUGUAUCUGGCCCAGUCCGGCUUUACCUUCCUGUACAUUCUGCUCCUAAGCCAGAUCGGUGAGCAGAUGGCAGCUACGAUACGGCAAGAUUUGUUCAAGCAAAUCAUCAUACAAGACCUGGAGUUCUUCGAUCACAACCGAACAGGCGAACUGGUCAACCGGCUAACGGCGGAUGUGCAAGAUUUUAAGUCCAGCUUUAAGCAAUGCAUUUCGCAAGGAUUGCGCAGCUUUGCCCAGCUCGUCGGAGGAGGCAUUUCAUUGUUCUGGAUAUCGCCACAGCUGGCCAGCAUUGCGCUCGUAUCUGUCCCACUGGCCGUUGCAAUGUUUUCCCUGCUAGGCCGUUCUUUGCGCCAUUUAAGUAAAAAGGCACAGGUCCAAUCGGAACGGGCGACUUCGGUCAGUGAGGAAGCACUAUCCAACAUCCGCACCGUCCGGGCCAGUGCUAGCGAGUACAGUGAGGUAGAACUGUUCCGGGCGGAAACGGAAAAAUCGGCCGUGAUCUCUCAGCAGCUUGGUGCCGGAAUUGCCGUCUUUCAGGCGCUAAGCAAUCUGUGCCUUAACGGGAUGGUACUGACAACGCUCCUGCUUGGCGGUCACUUCAUGUCGGCAAAUUCCAUCAGUGCUGGUGAUUUGAUGGCAUUUCUGGUAGCCGCGCAAGGUGUACAACGAUCGCUCGCACAAGGUUCCAUACUGCUCGGAUCGGUAAUCCGUGGUAUGACGGCGGGCGCUCGUGUGUUUGAAUUUUUAAGCCUUGAACCACGGGUGGACUUGAAGCAUGGACUUAUAAUCCCGCAGGGCAAUUUGAAGGGAGAAAUCCGUUUCGAAGGAGUGCAGUUCGUGUAUCCAACGCGACCCAAUCAGCGUGUUCUGAAAGACUUUAAUCUUGUGCUACGGCCCGGUCAAACGGUGGCACUGGUUGGCGCUAGUGGAAGUGGAAAAUCUACCGUCGCCGCACUGCUCGAACGAUUCUACGAGCCAACGGCCGGUCGUAUUACGAUCGAUGGGUACGAGUUGGGCCAUCUAUCACCUAGUUGGCUUCGCGGGGAGCUUAUCGGUUUCAUCGAACAGCAGCCCGUCCUGUUCGGGACUACGAUUUACGAAAACAUUCGCUACGGACGACCGAACGCAACACGGGAAGAAGUGAUGGAGGCGGCCAAAAUGUCACAAUCACACGAGUUCGUUAGCCGGCUGCCGGAUGGCUACGAUACGAUGGUAGGUGAGCGGGGAAUACAGCUUAGCGGGGGCCAACGUCAACGGAUUGCAAUUGCACGCGCCCUGCUAAAGCAACCGCUGAUACUUAUCCUGGACGAAGCGACCAGCGCACUCGAUGCGGCCAGUGAAGCGGUCGUUCAGAGUGCGCUCGAUGCGGCUGUGCUGGAUCGAACGACGCUGGUCAUAGCGCACCGGUUGUCUACGAUCCGUAAUGCGGAUGUGAUUGUGGUGCUGGACCAGGGCCAGAUCGUUGAGGUGGGCACACAUGACAGCUUAGUCAAAGCACAAGGAUACUAUUACGAGCUGGUAAAGCAACAGGAACGACAGCAGCGACAGGAGCAAGAGACAAGAGCUUUAGGUUAG